AUGGUGGACCUGUUCGUCGACCAAGUCCUGGUGAAGAACAACAAGGACCAGGACGAGCUGGACACAGAACGAGAGAUCGUAAUGCACCUGCAGAACCGCAUCCUGAUGCUCUUCUUUGCAUCUGCUGCAUGUGAGAGCUGCCAGCGGUUUGCUCCCACGCUCAAGGACUUCUUCAAACAACUGACGGAUGAAUUUUAUGUGGACCGCGCUGCUCAGCUGGUUCUCCUGUACAUUAGUUUGGACCAGUCAGAGGAAAAGCAAGAAAGCUUCCUCAAAGAGCUGCCCAAGAAGUGCCUGUUCCUGGCCUAUGAGGACCCCUACAGGAGGGAGCUCGAGGCCAUGUUUAACGUGGAGGAGCUGCCCACAGUUGUGGUGCUGCGCCCGGACUGCUCCAUCCUGAGCCCUAACGCGGUGGAGGAGAUAUUGCGCCUCGGUCCGGACUGCUACCGCAACUGGCAGGAGGCAACAGAAAUCAUCAACAGGAGCUUUAUGAUCAGCGAGGAUUUUGAGGGGAAGUCCAUGCGCAGCUUGAGCGACCCUAUGAGGAGGUUGAAGUAUAAGGUGGAAGAUGAGAAGAAGAAGAAAAAAAAGGAGAAAAAGAGCAGAGGGUGGGGUGGAGGUGGAGGUGGAGGAGGAGGGGAAGAUGCAGAGGUGGAUGGAGGAGGGUCACCGUGGUGA